AUUGGUGGAUGGCUGCUCUCGGUGUGGCCCAACGCCAGGCCCUUAUGUCUUUAUAUACUGUAAUCAGAUGGCCGGACAGUCCUGAGUGUGCAUCGCAUCCACUCUGCCUCUUUCCAUCUCCACUGCUCUCUCUGCAGGUCCCCUGUCUGCAUUUUGCUCCAGCACCCAAGUCCUCAUCAUUCUCCUCUGCACCCCAGCUGACUUCUCCCUCUGGUUGUGAAAACAAUGGCCAUGCAGACCCUACUCCUCAGUCUGUGCGUGCGGCUUCUGGUAGUGAGUCUUUUCGCGGAGGCGACCUACUACCGGCACCACCGUUACAUCCCUCACGUCUACCGCUACCGGGAGCACUCUGCCAACACGGAAAACCUCCUCCCUGACGUCUCCAAUCCUGUACCCGAAGUCGCCCAGUCCGGCGUCCCGACUUACCCCGAGGUCCCCGAGGUAUUCCACUCUGCACCAGAAGUCAUUCAUCCCAUUCCAGAGGCUUUUCACCCGGUGCCCGAAGUAGUGCAUCCUGCACCUGAGACUUAUUAUCCUCUUCAGGUGCACCAGCCCGCACCUGAAGUCCCUUCCCCUCCCCAGAGCCGCGUUUUCUAUGGGAUCAUGUUUGACGCAGGCAGCACCGGCACCAGGAUCCAUAUUUAUAAGUUCAUCCAGAAAGAUCCUGUUGAGCUGCCAGUUCUGGACAAUGAAAUGUACCAUGCUGUGAAACCUGGACUGUCUGAGUAUAAGGACAACCCUGGGGAGGGUGGUAACACCAUCCGUCAGUUACUGAAGAUUGCCAAGAAGACAGUGCCAGAGGAGGAGUGGAGGAGGACGCCAGUGGUCCUGAAGGCCACGGCGGGUCUGCGUCUGCUCCCUGAAGAGAAGGCCAAUGCCCUUUUGAAGGAGGUACAAGAGGUGUUCGAAGAAUCCCCCUUUUUUGUGCCAAACAACAGUGUUUCCAUCAUGAAUGGAGCAAAUGAAGGAGUCCUCGCCUGGGUCACAGUGAACUUCCUUACAGGCCAUUUGUACUCCAACACAAGGAAGACAGUGGGGAUUCUGGAUUUGGGUGGAGGAUCUACACAGAUCACAUUCCUUCCAAAGUCAAAGAAAACAAUUCAGGCUGCUCCGCCCAGUUACAUAGCCAGAUUCAACCUGUUCAACAACACAUAUGCACUUUACACACACAGCUACCUUGGAAAUGGACUAUAUGCUGCCCGUCUGGCAACUCUUGGAGCACUGGGAGCUGAUGGAUUGGAUUGGAAAGUCUUCACUAGCUCCUGCCUGCCGAAAAAGUUCAGAGAAGAAGUGACUUUUGGAGGAAACACCUAUAAAGUUAGCGGGAUUCCAGACGGCUAUGCAGGCUAUAAGUUGUGCUACUAUGAGGUCAUGAGGGUGGUCAAAGGCCUAUUUCACCAGCCGUACGAAGUGAAGGGCAGCAGUGUUUUCUAUGCUUUCUCCCACUACUUCGACAGAGCUGUGGAAACCGGCCUCAUCGGCAGUCGAGGUGGUGCGGUUGAAGUCAGGGACUUCAAGAAGAAAGCCAAAGAAGUGUGCAACAAAAUGACCAAAUACCGUGCUAUCAGCCCCUUCCUCUGCAUGGAUAUGACAUAUAUCACUUGCCUGCUAAAGGAGGGUUUUGGCUUCAAGGACAGCACUGUGCUGCAGCUGGCCAAGAAAGUGAACAAUGUGGAGACAAGCUGGGCCCUGGGGGCGACCUUUGACUUCUUCAGGGACUUCAACAUCCACUAAGGACAGCUCGCAGUCAUUGCAGCUGGCACUGAGAGGAACAGUCUGUCACUGUGGGGCCCCCUUUCCUCUGUCCACCCUCAAUCAGCCUGCCUCCUCGCAGACACACCCGGUCCCAUCAUGCUUCCUCACCCACCAUGCCCCCUCAUCUCUUCCUCAACCUCAGCACCCUGCAAAUACUUAAAGAACUGUUUAAAAAAAUCACUAUAUUUUUAUAAGGCCAGCUAUUUCUACUGUAUGUUGAGCUCAUAAUUGGUGGGCUUAUUUUCUAUGAAACGUUUACAUUUUUUUAUUCCUUAUGGGUGUCUGAUCUGAAAUGUCUUUCUCACCUACCCGUACAGUGUAUAGAGGGCAACUUAGAGGCAAUGCAAGGAGUCAUGGUAUUUUGGUGCUUACUGUGGUCCUGGUGCCUGCUGUGCAAUACAGUGGAAUAAAUUUAAAGUAGUUGCUGGAGCAGCAACUACAACUGUCUCUUUUACAGUAGAUGCUUGUAAAUCUAUUUUCUAUUUACUCUUGCAGUAAAUUAUUUAACAGGACCCUAGUUAUUUUGCUCCUAGCCUUUGACAAAUACAACAUCAUUGGACGAAGAGCAGUUGACAGCCAUGCAGCUUUUUUUUCCUUAACAUUGCACAUAACACUUUAACUGCAGAUAUUGUAGCGAAGACAUGAUCAGUUGCUUUAAUGCCAUCUAUAGAGUUGUAUAUAUUCAUCGGUAGUGUUGGAUUCACCAUGACUCAGAGGGGCAAAGAGAGUGCUGAGGAGAAAUGCCUCUCACAGUGUUGUAAAAUUACAACAUUAAUCCUUGUAUUUUUUUUUAAAUGCAGCCAGUAUUGCUUGUUUUAUCUAGAGUGGAACAGACUAUCAAAAAUAGCUAAACUGCAAUGGCCUUUGUUCUGAACAGUAUUUUAGAUCACUAAUAGAAAACCACUCAUCAAUGGUAGACAGUGCCUCCAUCAACAUAUUUAUCUAUUUAAUAAACUUCCUUACUUGUUGCUGUUUGCUCAUAAAUAGUCUUAAUGAAUUAUAUUUGCAUUCCUGCUUGUGAAUUGUACAAAUAGUUUAAAAAAUUUAAAGUUUAUGCAAGACUAUUUUUUAUUAUCCUUUUCCAAUAUUACCCUUGGAACUCUUUGUAUAACUGGUCCUUACCCAUGCCUAUGCUGUCUUUAUAAUAUUCUAUAUAUUUGAUUACUACUGCUGUAUAUACAAAUAAACUCAGUGAAAUUAUUUGGCAAGAAUUGCUUUUACAUCACAGAAACUUUAUGCUGCACAAUUGCUGAGAUAUGCCUCUGAGUGUCCAUCAGAAUGAAUACUCUGAUGGCUGACAGUAUGUAAAUUGUUUUUAAAUCCCGUGACAUAAGUGUAUACUAAACAUGUAUGUUUUAAUAAAACAUUAA